CUUCUUCUUCUUCUUCUUCUUCUUCUUCUUCUUCUUCUUCUUUUUUCUUCUUCUUCUUCUUCUUGCAUGCUAAAUUUGCUGUUUUUCUGUGCUGCUGCCAUGGCCAUGGAUCCUAACCAAGUUCCUCCUCAAGGUCUAACCCCAGAAGAAUACCUCGAGCUCGAGCCCGUCAUUUGCAACUACCACAAAUUCGAGCCCAUGCCCAACACAUGCACGUCCCUAAUAACACAGAGAAUCGAUGCUCCAUCUCAUGCCGUCUGGCCUUUCGUCCGGAGCUUCGAUAACCCCACAAAAUACAAGCAUUUCAUCAAGAGCUGCAACAUGAUGGGUGAUGGCAGCGUUGGAAGCAUAAGAGAGGUCACCGUCGUUUCAGGGCUCCCGGCCUCCACGAGCACCGAGAGGCUGGAGAUUUUGGACGACGAGAAGCAUAUACUGAGCUUUAGGGUUGUCGGUGGCGAGCAUAGGCUGAAUAAUUAUCGGUCUGUCACUUCGGUGAAUGAGUUUGAGAAGGAAGGGAAGGCUUACACCAUUGUCUUAGAGUCUUACGUUGUAGAUAUACCGGAGGGAAACACCGGCGAGGAUACGAAGAUGUUUGUGGACACUGUCGUGAAAUUAAACCUUCAGAAGCUCGCCGUCGUUGCCAUGGCUUCACUGCAUGGACAUGAAUGAAGAUUGAUGUGCAUGCAUGGUUGCUUGGGACAAUAAUGGCCGGUGGGAGGGUUGGAUUUUUUUUUUUUUUUUUGUUGAAAUUUUAAUCAAGUGGUUGGUAUAUGCAAUGGUUCUUUCAACUUUGCAAGUUGGAUUUUUUUUUUAAUGGUUAGACAGUUUGGAUUGGUUUGUAUAUUUGGUUUAAUUUGUUGGGUUC